AUGGCAAAGGACUUGAGCACUCUCGGUUGGGACUAUCUUAUGUUUACGCUGUUUAUAGCGCUCACCGUCUUGGGUCCGCUCUGGAAUCGAAUCUUUGGGGAGCGCAAGCAGCGCAGCAAAGCGGAUUAUGUCUUUGCCACAGGAGGCGUCUCAAUAGUGGCUGUCAUGAUAUCAAUAGCUCGUGGCACGUUAGGCGUACGAUCUGUCCUGGGCUAUCCCAGUGAGCUCUAUUAUCGAGGCUCGUCCAUGUGGGAGAUAAUUUACGGCAUGAUGAGCGCCUACCCCAUAGUCUGUUUUGUCUUUGUUCCCGUCUACUUCAGUCUGGGCAUUACUUCGGUCUAUCAGUACAUCGAUCUGAGAUUUAAGAGCCGCACCGUGCGCUGCCUCGCCUCGGCUACAUACAUCGUGCGCCAGAUCUGCUCGUUGGGUAUUACGACUUACACACCCAGUGUGGCGCUCUCGACUGUAAUUGGCAUUCCCUACUGGGCCUCUAUUGUGGGCAUGUCCGCCAUAUGCAUAUUCUUCACUAUACUGGGCGGACUGAAAGCGGCCAUUAAUGCUGAUGUCAUACAAACGCUCACAAUUUUGGUGGUCACGGUUGCCGUUUGCAUUCAGGGAACCAUCUCGAGUGGUGGGCCAAAGAGAGUCAUCGAUUUGAAUCGGGACAAUGGCCGUCUUAACUUCUGGAACUUUACCGGCGAUAUGACUGUACGUGUGGACACAACCUCCGCCUGGCUUGGGCAGUUGUUUAUGUCGCUCUCGCAAAUUGGAUGCCAACAGAACUUUAUGCAACGCUAUGUUAGCCUCAAGUCGUUGAAGGAAGUGCGUCGCGUAAUGAUCACCAAUGUGCCCGUUGUAUUCGUAUUCUUUGCUCUCUCUUGGAUAUCCGGUAUGGUAAUUUUCGCUGCCUACUCCAAAUGUGACCCCUUAGCCGAGGGGUACAUAAAGAAACCAGAUGAAAUCUUGCCUUUCUUUGUGGAGGAUCAGCUGGGUUUCUUACCCGGCUUUGUGGGAAUAUUUAUGGCCACACUAUUUAAUAGCGCCUUGUGCAUGAUGGUCUCGAACCUUAACUCAUUGGCAACGGUCUGCUGGGAAGACUUCCUUUCGCAGCUACCAAAGUUCAGGGGACUAAGCGAUAAACGGCAACUUCGCAUCAUUAAGGUAGUCACCGUCGUUUUCGGUAUUAUUAUUAUGUGCGUCGCUUUCGGAGUUGGCCUCCUCUCUGGCGUAAUCGAGUCUUCUCUGCUCGUGUUCUCAGCUACCUCAGGCCCAUUGUUGGGUUGCUUUUUGCUGGCCAUGCUGGUACCCAUAGCCAAUUGGAAAGGCACCUCAGCCGGUAUGGUAUCGGCCUGCGCCUUUGUUCUCUGGAUAAUCAGUGGCAGUAUGACGAUAAACAAAACCUCACAAAUGCUGCCUACUUCAACGGAGGGGUGCUCCAAUCACAGCUUCUCGCAAACGAUUACCAAACCGAACGGCGAGGCAGACCAGGUGCCAUGGUUGUUGACGCACACGCCCCUCGCUGGACACAAUCAGACCCUUUUGGAGCUACCGUCUAGUGUAGUAAACGAACGCACGCCGCUCGAGAGCUUCUAUUCGAUUAGCUUUAUGUACUACAGCUUGAUUGGCACGGCGCUGACUGUCAUUAUUGGCACGCUCAUUAGUUGUUUGACACAGCAUCCUGACGACAUGUACGAUGGUAAGCUGCUGCACCCACUUGUCUUUAAGUGCUACGAGCGCAUUGGCGGCCGUGGACCCAAGCCCUACUACAUCAAGCAUGAGGAAGAAUCCGGGUUGAAUGGACGCAACAGCAGCAAUUCAUCAUCUUCAAUCACGAAGAUUGAGAAAAUCAACCCAGCUUUUGAAUCUCACGACGAGGCUAUCGUGCAGGUGAAAAAGCCAGGGAAGAACAGUCCCAUGAAAGUGGUGUUCACCAACAAUGCCUCAGAGAAAGAAAGCACCAGGUCGAUAUUUGGAGACAAUAAACUUCAAAUGGAUACUGUUCCCGCCGGCGAAACGGGCGUAUACCGCACGCUGCCCUCGAAGUCGUGAGCCCUAAUUACAUUUGCAUUAUUAGCCCUAGCUGAAGAUGUAGUCCAUAGUUUUUUAAUUAAGUCAUAGUUAGGUGAAUAACUGUACAUACUUACAAUAUACGCUACUUAAAGUUCAGUUAUUUGUAUGUUAAGUUUGAAAUGAACCUUCUGUGUAUGAUAUCAAUAAAGAUGCUGUGAUUAUUGUAUUGUUGAGCAAUAUUCAAACAAUUGUGCGUAUAGUACGUACAAAUGAG